CAGUCAUGAGAUGAUGUCAUGAAUGUUUUGACAAUCUGCUAGAAACAAAAAAAAAAUUUGUUCUUUCGACCCUGGAAUCGUUCACUCGUUAAAAAAUGGGUGUACUCGAUUUGAAGCAAAGCCUGGUUGGACACAAAGGGAGAGUUUGGAACGUUUGUUGGCACCCAUCUGGCGAAUGGCUUGCCUCCUGCGGUGGAGACAAGGCAAUCAGAAUUUGGACCCACGACAAGUCCAAAUGGGUCAUAAAAACAAUAUUAACCGAGGGCCACACUAGAACAAUAAGGGAAGUGUCGUGGUCUCCUUGUGGUAAUUACAUUGCAUCUGCAAGUUUUGAUGCAACAGUAGCAAUCUGGGAUCAGAAAACAGUACAGUUUGAAUGCAAUACUACACUGGAAGGCCAUGAAAAUGAGGUAAAAAGUGUCAGUUGGUCGAUAAGUGGUCAGCUGCUAGCAACAUGCAGUCGUGAUAAGUCAGUGUGGGUUUGGGAAACUCAUGAUGAAGAGUACGAAUGUGCUGCUGUGAUAAAUGCUCAUACACAAGAUGUCAAAAAGGUAAGGUGGCAUCCUACCAAAGACAUACUUGCAUCUGCAAGCUAUGAUGACACAGUUAAAAUCUUCAAAGAGGAUACAGCAAGUAGCGACUGGCUCUGUGUAUCGACUCUAGAGUCGCAUACAUCAACAGUGUGGAGCUUAUCCUUUGACAGCACAGGAGAUCGAUUGGUCACCUGUAGUGAUGACAAAACCCUCAAGAUUUGGCAGCAGUAUGAGCCUGGCAAUGACAGAGGCAUAGCCACACCAGACGACGAGCCAGUCUGGAAGUGCGUUUGCACGUUGUCAGGAUUCCAUUCCAGAACUAUUUACGACGUUGACUGGUGUAAAAAGACAGGCUUGAUAGUAAGCGCCUGCGGAGACGACAUUAUCCGGAUUUUUCAAGAAGACAGUGAUUCCGACAAGCACCAGCCGACUUUUAAUCUCGUCUGUUCGAUGGAUAAUGCACAUACCCAAGACGUUAAUUGUACACAGUGGAAUCCGGCCAUAACCGGCGUUAUAGCCUCGGCAAGUGAUGACGGCACCAUUAAAAUUUGGCAAUACACUGAUUGAUUCGUGUGUACAGAUUCAUGUAUA